CGCGUUACGUAGCCAUCUUGUGUAGACUACAGCAGAGGAAGCGGAGCCGUUAGCUCGAGACUUACACUGACAGCCGACAGACUGACAAACAAACCGUCAUUCUGCUCCCGACAGACUGCGUUAACAUCAGAAACGGAGAGCAAACAUGCGUUACGACGUGUCAAGAUGUCUAUCCGAUGUGUUUCGCGGAGGAUAUGUGCUUUUGAACACGGCAGAGCGCUAAAAACGGACGGCGCCUCAGAGUCGCGCGAGUCCAGCGACUGGAGAGUUUCAACUGCGAGGGCGGCCUGAGGGAAAACUCUCACUCCGGGACAUGGCCUUCGUGUAGGCCACGGAGAAUAAACAUACGGGCUUGGCAGGAUUAAACACAGCUGGAAUAAAGCUGUCGUUGUGUUUGGAGCUUCAGGAGUUUCAGUUUAAAGGAUUUAAAGGACUAAAAAUGGCGCGAUGAGGACAGAGCUCUGAGGGAGUCUUGUGUUAGCGUGACGCUAACUGAAAAUUACAUGACAUAUUUUCAUAUACAUUGCGUUGCUACGCUUACAUUGGAGCUGUGCGCUUCACUCUGACGUCUUGAGAUACACUUAAAGCUGUCAAAAUGUCUAAAAUGCCAUCGAAAAAGAAGAGCUGUUUUCAGAUCACCAGCGUAACGCAGGCUGCGCAGGUGGCAGCCAACAGCAACACGGACGACACCGAGAGUUUAGACGACCCCGACGAGCCCAGGACUGAGGACAUGUCCUCCUCCGAAAUAUACGACAUUUCCAAAGCUGGAGAUUUCGAGCCGGAGACGUGUGACGUCAGUUUAUCGGACGAAUCGCUACAUAACGAGGCUGAAAUAUCUGGGGCGAGCGCCCAAGAUGCUUCCAUAACGAACAUACCUGGUUCUCGCAAAGCGAGUGCGGUUCAUAUAAACCCACCUGUCCGUUCAGUCAGUGGGUCUAUAUCUUCCCAGUCUUCGGUUGCAUCUAAUGCACCAUCCAGCAUCCAGACUUCAUCAGUUAGCAGUUCUGCCACAGUAAGUAGCUGCAGCUCCCGUUUCAGGGUCAUCAAAUUAGACCAUGGCACGGGUGAACCCUUCAAAAGAGGUAGGUGGACUUGCACCGAGUUUUACGAGCGAGAUACAGACGCUUCCUCAUCUGGCCGGACUAUGGAUAGUGUUAAACACGCAAGCGCCGCGGAUCAUAGCGCAGAAAAGGAUGGACUAGGAGUCGCCGGAGGUUCGGUGGCUGUGCAUGUUGGGUCUUCAACAUCUGCAGCAGAACCUCAUACAGAUAGUGGCUACUUAUCUGCACCAUCGAACCCGCCUGCGGAGCUUCAGCAGCAAACCCUAGGCAUCUCGCAGCAGGGAUUAGGGCUUGCAGCCCAGAAUGCCCAUAUCAAAUCUCCAAGCAUGCCUUUGGCAACUCAACCACAGCCAUUUUUCCCGGGAAAACAGGUGCAGAAACCUGGGCAGAUUCUUCAGAGUGUUAUUCCAUCGAAUCAAGCCCAAACGGUCUCGGUGGCUUCGCUUCCGCUCGUGACCCCGUUAAACCAGGGUCCGUCACCUGUCAUGACUCCUGCAGCGCCGGGAAGCGCCGCUCACGUGCUCGGAUUAGUUCCCCAGCCCGUGGACGGCAGAGGGCUUCCCAUCAGCCAGUCGGAGCAUGUUCAGGGACUUUUACAGCAAUUAGGCAUCAGCACGGCUCUAGGGACCGUGUCGACCGCAGCUGUUGUACAGCAGGCACCAGUGCCGCUCAUUCAGCCAGCGGUAACCGUGUCUGUCAGCCCCCUUGCUGGGGUCCCUGGUGUGCAAAAUGUGCCUGCUGUUAUGUCCAGUGCCUCUAAUGCCCCCCAGAGCAUGCCAAAACAGACGUUGCAGAAUCCACCUCAGGGAGUCCACGGCGGGUUGCUAGGAGGACUGGGUGCGCAGAUGACCCACGCUAACUUUUGCCAGCUUCCCACCGGCGUCGCCCAGGUCGAGGAGAACCAGAGGAAGCACGACGGGCUGCUCCAGAGCUCUAUACUCAUAGGAAAAGAUGCCAUCAAACCCCUGAAUCCCGAGGGCUUGCAGCUUGCCACACCUGCUGUCAGCAGCCUGUUUGGAAUAGCUAUUCCCAUCGAUGGGGAUGAGGACAGUGCCUCUGGCGCCAGUGUUGUGGCCAUUGAUAACAAAAUAGAGCAAGCUAUGGAUCUUGUGAAAAGCCAUUUAAUGUACGCCGUGCGCGAGGAAGUGGAGGUCAUGAAGGAGCAGAUCAAGGAGCUCUAUGAGAGGAACUCACUUCUGGAGAGAGAAAACGCAGUAUUAAAAUCUCUGGCCAACACUGAGCAGCUGACCCAGCUCACCUCUCAGCUCAACAACCUCGGCAGCACUUCGCCCCAACAGACGGCGGUCAACGCCAUCCUGCAGGAGGGAAGCAAACUCGUGGCCUUGCCCCCGCAGCCCAACGUGUCCACAGCGUGAAGACCUGGAUUCACUAGACUUGCAUAAAAAAACAAAAAAAAAACAUCCAAUCUGCAAAGGAGAUUUUGGUUUCCAGUCGUGUUUGCCACUUGCGGAGAGCCAUGCUUCGUUAUACGUGCUGCUUGGCUUUCUCUGUAUUAGACAAUCAUUUUGGGAGAAGCAAAUUUGGCUCCAUUAUGGGUGCGGUAGAUUUCUGUGGGAAUGGGCUGCUGGCGAAUGCGAAAGAGUUCAGUAGAAAAGUUGAGAUUUAGCAGGAAGCUAAACAGCGAUUUAGAUCUGGAAACGGAGAGCAACUACCGUGGAAAGCUUGGGAGAGCCUACAGCAUGAGUCCUUUCGUCUGUUUAGUUUUUCUGUUUGCAUAUAUUUAUUAGAGGGCUGCUAUUUUCAUAAUGUAAAUGAGCAAUGUAACAGAGAUCUAAUUAUAUAUAUAUAUAUAUAUAUAUAUAUAUAUAUAUAUAUAAAAGAAACGUUCUUUUGGUUUCUGAAAUGUAAGAUACUUGUUUAACAAGGCAAUAAUGUCCCCAUGGCACAGUUCCAACACUAAAAGUGAUUCAACAACAUUUCUGAUACAGUCCUGUAUAGUUGAGUUGGUUCGGGGUUGAAUGUACAUGUGUAUAGAUUGUAAAGUAUAGCCAGUUGUACAGGUGAGCAGCAGUUAUCAAGUAUUUUUCUUUCGGAUUUUAUUAAGUAUACUCGCUAUACUUUCCCUAAGUACUUAAACUCUGGUUUUUCAAUUCGGGAUGGGGGAAGAAGCUGUGAAUUAGUUCGUACAAUGUAUUUGUAACCAAAGAAGAAAAGCUGUGUGCAUUUGUUUUUUUUAACGCACAUUUUCUUGUUUGUUUGUUCACUCGCGCUUUUUUUUUUUUUUUUUUGUAACUUUGUCUCCUUUUUGUUUCUGAUUAGCAUGUGCUGCAUGAUCUAUCAGACUAUUUUCUUACCUCAUGUUUUUUUUUUUCUUAUUCAUCAUAAUUUAAGCAGUCUGUGAACGAUAUUUGAUUAUGGACGGUGAAGGGUGAUUUUUGGAGGAAAAAACCCAGUUAUGUUAACAAAAAAAAAUAAAAAUGAGUCAUCUGUUUUCAUUUGCAUGGUGUUGUAAGACUUGACGUACAAACAAAUGUUUAUUACAUUGCAGAAAAUGUACAAAAAUAAAUGCCGAUUUAUAUUUCCAGGUGUAGUUUACACUGAUAACCUUCAAGGAACGAUAAAAUAAUCAUCGUAAUGAAAUCAAAGCUGAAAAAGUGUUCACAGAUGUCGUUUAUGUAUAGGGCAUGUCCUCUGUUUUUAAUGUCUUUUGUGCCUCUUGUGCUAUGGACGCAGCGAUCUGUUUUUUUUUUUUGCCCAGUUUGAGCCAAACAGAAAUAUUGUACAAUCACUGUACAUCGGUCUGAACUUCUUAGGUUUGCUUGUUUUUCUUUUUUUGUUGAAGGAAAUGUAGUAUACAAGCAAAAUGUAUUGUACUUGAUCACUGAGCCUUUGAGAAUAUCUUUAAAAAAAAUACCCUUGUAAUGUGCUGUUUUUGAAAAGUUUAGUUUUCUGUCAGAAAUAAAUUACUGUUCCAUUGAGAACUAAACCAUUUUAAAUUGCUGUUUUCUUGUGCAUAACUCGCACAACAAACAUUAAUGGACAUGAAUUGCUAACUUUUUAAAGAUGAGUUUCACAUACACUUAGAUAAUUCAAUAUGGACAUACCAUAGACUUAAAGGUUAAUUAAAAUGUAUACAGACCAAGGAUGAUAACUAUAACGAUAAAGAUAGUUUAAUUUAACAAUCCACACCACAAUAAGUAUAAUGACACAGAGUAAUAUAACUGGAAUCACAUGUUGUAGCUGUUUAACAAUAAAACCAUUGACAGCCGAUCAGAAUCCACCCAAAUUUAAAGAGCACGAGCAUUUAAAUGUGCCUGAGAGACAAACACGGCCAAUCCAAAAUGUCCACGCCCCUAUUUUGAUAGCCCCGCCCCCAAAUUCACAAACAUUCUGUGCAACACAAGCACCUCCCCCAUCGCGUGUCAACACGCCCCCUUACUGGUGAUUGGCUACAAGUGUGUUUUGGCGCUCAGUCCGAUCCACUUUCAAAAGUGUUUCUCAAAAAUGCUUACUGCACCUUUAAAAAUGCAGACGACAAAACUGUAGUGCAUGCUUAUAAUAAACAGAACAUUAUGUUUUGCUGUGAACGCUAAUAU